UGUUCAAGGCAGUGAAGGAAGUGUUGAAGGUCCGCGGCGUUAUUAGUGAAUUGCGGGGUGGUGGAAAAGGCUGGCGGAUAAGUUGAAGUGAAGAGGUGGAUAAGUUAGAGCCCUCGUCGUGGAUUAGGUACACCUCGUGAUGCCAAAAAGGAAGCUGCACGGACAGAGACUGGCUCCAUCUGAAAUAAAGGUGCGGUGCGGUCAUCCAGGAUGCAAGUUUUAUGGUAGGCCGGAUACCUUCAAGAUCCAUAACAAUAGGAAGCACGGAGGGCAUAAGAAUGCUAGAGUGAAGAACUCAGGUUUUGAGCCUGGGGCAAAGUUUGCCUGCUAUGCUCCUCUUCCACUGGCUUCUGAUGGAGCUCUGGAGAGUGGAGAGACGACAGCCGCGGCAGCUGAAAGCAUGGACUGUGGUCCACCUAUGUCCCCAGUCCACGAAUCUGUCCAGCUGGAAGCAGAAGACAGUGACAACCCUCCUGCAAACAACACUUCCGAAGCCCGUGGAGGUGAUGGCGCUGCCCCUGCUGGACCCAGUAGGGAGUUAGCAGAUCUGUUUUCUGCCAUGAAGAGCGUUGCCCUGCAAGUAAAACGUAAUGAAUCCAAGUUGAACGAGAUCAUCGACAUUCUCAGAAAGGGCAGCGUGACUACUGCUAAGAUAGGUCAGAAAAGAACGGAUGAAACAUCGGAGGCAGCUAAACUGUUGAUACGCUCGGGGAGAAGCAUCGCCGCCCUCCAGGUUGCUACAGACAACCUUCUCACUCAGUCCCCAGAUGAAGGCCUCAUCGCCUGUUCUGCAUGUGUGCCGUCUGGCGCUGUGCGUCGAAGGGGCGCAAAAGGUGUGUUCACCUACGACUUUAAUCUGGGAACCAGUUUUGCAGAUGGUCAGUCUCUCCCAUCAUCGUUCAGGCACCUGAGGGCGGCCAUCAGGAGUCACUUUUGUGGCCUACACCACGGAAAAACCGUACUCGCCAAAAAACAAACGGACGAGUUGGCGAAAGGACGUUUUGCGCGGAACGCCAGCGCCGCCAGUCACGUCCUUCGCACGGGGUACUUCGUCCUGAAACGGUCCCUGCCAAGGGCUUCGUUUGAGGACCUGGUCGUUCUCCAGGCGGAGAAUGGCACGAGGGUGGGUAACACCAACCACUCCAGCAUGUUUGUCCCUACAAUGCGGCUGCAGUUCUCGACUGUCAUGACGAGUAUGCUGCAGAGGUUCAUUGAGCAGCAACCAUGCGUCUCCAUGUGCGCAGACAAGGUGACCGUCGCAAAGCGAACCAUCGACAUAACCGCCGUGAUAGCUGUGGUUAGUGGGGCGCCUGCGGGUCACAUGAUCCAAUCGUUUGUAGUCGCUGCGCCCGUAGUAAAGGACCACAGUGGAGAUGGACUGGCUGAUGAGCUCUGUCAGUCUCUGGUUAAGGUCGGAGUGACUCACCCAGACAAACUGGCUGCAAUCUGCAUGGAUGGGCAGUAUCACCAUAACCGAGUGCCAGAGAAACUGCUCAGUCGGCUCAGGGCCACGGACCCACGGUUCAAUACGGCCCCGUCAGUAGUUGUGCUGUGGGACGGGGCUCACCUGCUCAACCUGGCCGAAGAUGACGCGCGACGUUCAAAUGGCUGUGAGUGGGUAGAGAAGGUCAUCGCUCAGGUGACAGGCAUCACCAAGCGCUACACAGUGGGCAAAGGGCUCGAAAGGCUUCUCAAUGCUGGGGAGGAUCGGGGCGAGAAGGUGGUACGACCGAAGCUGUGGUCGGGGACAAGAUUCGCCCCUUACGCAGCAAAGACGCUGGAAGUCUUCCUCCGCAACCUGCAAGUGAUGGAAGACGCCCUGGAGCAGCAAAUCAAAUCAGGGGACACCGAUGGCAGCGAACAGCGAGAUCUCCGGCUGCUUCGAGACCCGACGUUCGUGACCAAACUGGCAGCCUUGUGCGACAUUUACGGCGUGCUCGCGGAGGGCAGCAAGUCGCUGCAGAACCUGCAGGUUCUCCCCUGGGAGCGACAGAGGAUGUUCUCCACGAUGCUGGAUAAUUUCACGGAGAUGCAGGACGCCGUGGAGUUGGACGACGAAGGCGAGCUGAAGAAGAGGUGGCCGGUCUUGUCGUCACUAGCAACUGUCGCCGAUGAUCAGCUUGCAUCGAUUCUGAAGUUCGUAGCGGCCCUCUGCGACAGAGCGCGUGCCCGCAGUCGCGGGCUUGAUGUAAGAGGGAACGCGAAAGGAGCGAUGAACGGCAAACUGCAGUGGGCCGUAAGCGAUGCCAAGAUCAUCGCCGAUCUGAAGUCUCUCCAACAGAACGUGCCGACCACUAUCCCGAAGAAGGCGCAGUGCGUGCUGCAGGAGGCCUCGACGGGCGGCAACGUGCGAGGUACCAUCAUGUUCGAGAGGAUGGACGACUCCGACGACUCCAUCAUGGUCACCGGUACCGUCUCCGGACUGAGCGCGGGAAAGCACGGUUUCCACGUGCACCAAGUUGGCAGCACCGCUGACGGCUGCAAGGCUGCCAAGGGCCACUUCAACCCCUUCGGCAGUGACCACGGCGCUCCGACGGCCGAGAACCGUCACGUCGGAGACCUGGGCAACAUCGAUGCCGACGCCACACUGACGGCCAACGUCAACAUCAAGGACAGCAUGAUCAAGUUUGCUGGUGACGCCAACAUCCUGGGCCGCGCUAUCGUCAUCCAUGCCGGCGAGGACGACCUGGGCCUGGGCGGGGAGGCGGACAGUAAGACCACCGGCCACGCCGGAGCCCGGCUGGCCUGCUGUGUUAUCGGAGCCCUCAACUGACCGCCUUCAUCGGCAGUGGUGGCGACGGAGGAUAGCCGGUGACGGCGAGCGGUCCUUCGUAAGAGAGUGGGAAGGGUCGAGCGGUGUGUGAGGGAUGAUAUCCUCGCAUGAGGAUUGAUGUAGCGAUAGGAUGGAUAGGUGCGUGUGUGUGUGUUUGUGUGUGCGCGCGAUUGUCGAUAUGCGGUCGCUGUGGGAAAGUGAGGACCAUUAGUUGACGACACUGCCGCCAGGAGCGCUGCUGUUGCUCACGGUAUGUUUGUCGGCGCUGCUGUGCAGUUGCGAUUCGGUGUGUAAAAUGUUACGUGUAUAACUGAAGACCAAAUAUUUUCGUAUUGAACGCAAACGCCAUCAGGACAAACUGCCGUGGUGGUCAUGCUGACGAUUCCAGAGAGCGUCAUCUGCCGCUGUCAUCUGCGUGCGGGGUUCCAUUUGUUCAGCUGACCUCUUCACCCCACUGAAACAUUUGACCUCAAACGGUCGUCUGUUUAAUCCCUCCUAAGGUCUCGAGCAAGCCGAUCGAGAAAUACUAAGGCGAUCCGUCUCUUUAGCAACGCGUGGAAAGGGAUGGCUGCAAAACGAGCCAGUGUCAUUCUGAAUGAGUGUUGUGACACGCGAAUAGACACCACGCUAUGGCGAUAGCUCGAUGAAUCGUGAGGUGUUCAAAGACGGCGAUGUUCGCUACGGUCCUUUGACUGCCUCUCAGAGCGUCGAGCGCAGGCGACAGCUGGCAAACGGCAGAUAUCACUGAUGAAUUAGCGUCUUAAUGCAUGACAUUCCCUAUGUAUGAGCCAUUGGGUCAUAAAGCCAGCUAAUUAGCUGCGGUUCCACUUAGUUGCUUGUCUUUGUGUGUUGUGUGCUUGUCCUCCAAAGCGUUGAUGCUGUCAGGUAUCAUCUUUAUUUUAUUUAUUCCGAUCUUUGGCGUCUUUUUAUUAUAUAAGAAUCGGCAAACAAAAUAUCUGACAUCGGCAGACAGUUGUCCGAUGUGAUAAACAAAUAAACUGAUGACAAACUAA